AUGACUCUCUUUGAGGCAAGUUUAAGUAUUCUCUCAUUCUUUAUCACUCCAUUAUUGGCAGUGCUUGAUCCAUACGUCAAACAACUGACACAAUGGUUAACCUCAUCAGCGCUGCAUCGCAAGAUUAUCAAAUUCUUCGUGGGUCUCAUUGUUCUACUCUUACUAGUCGGGGUAUCCCUUUUUGCUUACCUUUCCUUCUACUGGGUCUAUAUCCCUCAACGUGGACAUGUCGGUCAAGUACAUCUGCAAUAUGAUAGACCAACUCUUCCUGGCAUUGUCCCAAGCCCUCCAUCAGCUGAAGUUGACUUCUCAAGAGGAGGACGCUAUACCCAGUUUUUACGUGCGGAUCAGGCAUAUGAUAUCUCCGUCAACUUGCACGUGCCUACAUCGGAAAAGAACGUGGCCAUUGGGAACUUCAUGGUUGUCGUGACUCUGUUGCGCGUUGAUGGCACGGCAAUCAUGACCUCUAGUAGACCUGCCAUCCUCACCUACCAGUCCCUACCAUUAAAACUCAUGCGUACGGCGUGGAGAGCAGUUCCAUUGGUCUUGGAGUGGUCCAAAGAGGACCAAGUCCUCCGGGUCCCAUUGGUUGAGAAUUAUGUCGAAGAUGCUGUCAAUCCUGUGGCUCGUGCGCGCGUGGAAAUUUCAAGUCCUGACCUCCAAGUUUACAAAACUACUAUCCACAUUGAUGCCCACUUCCAUGGCCUCAGAUAUUUCAUGUACUACUACAAGGUCUCUACUGCACUGGUUUUUAUGGCGGUCUUUAUCUUCUGGGAGAUCAUCUUCUCGGUGAUUACCUGGCAGGUGCUUGCAGGCUGGUUUGGUAGCGAUUCUGAGGCUUUGGCGAUCGCGCAUCAAAUGCGCACUGGACCAGGUGUACAAGGAACUCAACCGGGACAGCUUGGAGAGCAGCAGCAGUUGUUGCGCGGACACCCGGAGAUGGGAAGUGCAACUCCAAUCUUCCCAUCAGGUACAACACCUCGCCAACCGCAAGUUCAGAUCCAAAGGCAAAAAGCCAAUACUGAAUCUGAUAAUGAGUUUGAAGAAGAAGAAUUAGGCAGGACUUCGCGAGGCGUAGCAAGAGACUUGAUUUUUGAUCAUGAUGAAAUGGAGGACGACGAGGAUCAAGCGCUUGAAGAUGAUGCAGUUGUUCCAGAGAGACCUCAGACACCUUUGCAGCGUCGCCAUGAAGCUGGUGCCGGCAUCGGAGAUGCUUCACUCCUUGGAUCACGUUCCACAAGAGAAACAACAGAAAGGCAACAACGCAGCAUUCCCACUACUAUCCCAAUUACGACCACGACCGCAGCCACAACACAACGUCAGCAUCGUGGCACAGUCGUAGAGACGGACGACGGUGCAUCAACAUCUGGAAGCACAACAACUACAGAGAGCUCAAGACGUAUUGUAAGGGGUGGUAUCGACAUGUCCAUGACCACUUCGUCUAGUCUGCACCCACCCCCUCCUCCUCCUCCUUCAUUACUUUCAGAACGAUCUUCAGAGUUCCAAAUGUCGCAGAGUCGAGGGGACAAUGGCGGGCGUCGUCGUGCAGCAGUAGAAUCAGAAUAUACGGAAGAGGAUGAUGAGUACGUUGCUGAAGAGGCAGAUGAUGACGAUGACGAUGACGACGAUGGAAACAUUUCAUUUGGAGAGGAAGAUUUCACCGAGGCCAGUCUUCUGAGUCGCUCUCCUGUUUCAUCCCGACCCGUGCGGUUGAGACGAGAGAGCCAAGGCCGAGUUGGAGCACAAACAACGCGCACAACUGAUAACACUGGCCGAAGCACAGCACGGGCAGGACAGUAAUAACGCGUAUUGAAACGAAAUAAUGUGAUGAUUUUUUUUU